GUUGACCCUAGCGGUCUGGCGCGAAAUGUGCAUUCUUUUGUUAGGAAGGCCUCUUCAAUCCAAAUUAUGACGUGUUGAGGAAUGCAUUAUUUGAGUAUCAAAAUGGUCAGUGUCUAUAGAGCCGGAGAGCCUUGGCGGAGAACUAAAUUGUAAAGUUGACCUGUCACAAGAGCCCGGAACGCUCGUACCAGCAACAAAAUGCAAAGUGAAGCACAAGCCCUGGAGGAGCUGCUGGAGGCAAAUGGCAUUCCUACGGACCAGUUCCCGGCCGUGGCCAACACGGUCACGCACCUGGAAAUGUUCCUCCACCACUAUCCGCGGAUGGAGGCCCUGCACAACUUCCCGGCGCUGAAAACGUUGGCACUCAUACACCAGGAGCUGAGGGAGAUCCGGGGGCUGGAGGGCUGCCCGCUGCUGGAGAGGCUGUGGCUGCAGGAGAACGAAAUAACCACCAUCCAGGGCCUGGACUCGCUGCACCGGCUGAAGGAGCUGUACCUGUACAGCAACCACAUCAGCGAGAUACGCGGGCUAGGCAAGCUGACGCAGCUAGAGGUGUUGUGGCUGUCUGACAACUACCUGACUCGCAUCAGCGGCCUGGAGCAGCUGCUGCAGCUGCGCGAGCUGCACCUGGCGCGCAACGACAUCGCCUUCCUGGGGGACGGGCUGGCGGCCUGCACCGCACUGGCCAACCUGAACCUGGCAGACAACAAGAUUGGCAGCUUCAAGGAGCUGCGGGUGCUGGCCACGCUGCCGCGCCUGGCCGAGCUGUGCUUCUCCGACCCGCUGUGGGGCGACUGCCCGCUGGCGCAGCUGUGCAACUACCAGACCUUUGUGCUGUUCAUGCUGCCGCGCCUGGCCAGCCUUGACACGCUGCUGCUAGCUGACGAGACCAAGGCACUGGCCGAGGCCACCUUCCUGAAGAAGCAGAUGUACUACAACAUGCGCAUCAAGACGCUGAGGCGGAACGCGCGGCAGAUCGUCAAGCUGGCGGCGGAGGGGCGGCAGGCGCGGCACGCGCUGCGGCAGCCGCUUAAGAACACGCUGCAGCUUGCAGCCAAGGACCUGCAGCGGGCCGUGGCGGAGCUGACCGGGACAGCCGCCGGGCGAGGAGCCGGAGGUGGAGGUGGAGGCGGAGCGGACGGCGGGGAGCAGAGCGGCUCGGACGACGGCGUGGGUGGCGGUGAGGGUGCCGGUGCGGCUGCGCUGGAGUCCAAGCUGUCUCUCAUCACCGGCCACCUGUCUCGCUACGGCGUGGCAGAGGCGGAGCUGGACCGGGCCUUUGAGGCGGCCAGUGAGCGCGUGUACACACUACUCGAGGGCCUGGUAUCGCGCAUGAUGCUGGAGCUGGACACGGCCGGCAACAUCCGCCUGGAGGACGGCCGGCCCAGCGACCUGUGGUAUGCCUCGUGCACAGACCUGGUGGCCAGCCGCUUCAGUGCCGCCGACUUCCCCGCCAGCCUGGGCGUCAGCGGCAUGCACGUCACCGGCGUCACUCGCAUCCACAACCGCUGGCUGCGCACGCGCUUCGAGGGCGGCCUGGCGCUGGCGGGCGCCGACACGUCCGACCCCGGCCACAAGCGGGCGCUGGAGUACCUGUUCCUGGGGGAGCACCCCGGGCUGCCGGGGCUGCUGGACGCCGCCGUGGAGGAGGGGCUGCCGGAGGCAGAGCAGCUGGCGGCGCAGGGCCUGGACGGCGCGGUGGUCUUGUCCAACUCGGUGUUCCUGGCGGACCGGCUGCGGCUGGCGGCGGCGCUGGACCCAGCCGCGCCCGCAGCCACGGCGGCGGCGGGCGGGCACCCCACGCAGGGCCACGGCUCCCAGUCCGCGGCGGCGGUGGCGGCGGCGGGCGGCGGCGCGGGCAACAACCGCGGCCGCGGUCGUGUCAUGAUCGUGAAGGCCUACCUGGGCCGGACCACGCAGGACAUGUCGGUCAACGUGUCGUCGGGCCUGCCCGCCAAGCUGUACGGCAAGGACGGCAAGCUGGCCAUGGCCGCCACGCUGGAGGGGCAGGGCGCCGCCGGCCGCGUGACGGCGGCGGCGCAUCCGGAGGCAGACGCGGUGUGCCGGGUGCGGCCUGGCGACAUGAAGCAGAAGCUGUGGUACGUGUUCAACCACGUGCUGGUGCUGCCCGAGUACAUCGUCGACUUCACGUACCAGUUGGAGCCCGCCUCGCCGCUGGCGCCCGCAGCGCCCGCCGCCGCGCUGGGUGGCGGCGGCGGCGGCGGCUCGUGUGUGGUGAUGGCAGCGGACCUGCAGGCCUCGUCGGCGGGGGCGGCGGGGCAGGGGCCGCCCAACGCCACGCACCAGGCCAUUCUGGACAGCCUUGAUGCGGACAUUCGGCCGCUGGCUCGCCCCAUGCUGGGCUGGCUGGCGCUGCAGGCGGACCCCUCGCUGCUGCGUCAGGGGCUGGCGGCGGAGGAGGACGAGGCGCAGCGGCUGGUGGCGGCGCCGCCCGCGCUGCCGGCCGCGGCCAAGCUGUACAAGUUGACGGAGGAGGCGAUCACCAAGUCCGUGGGCGGCGCCUCGCUGUCUGGCCUGACGGUGUUGGACCUGCACAACAGCGGCCUGCGCAAGAUGGAGGCGCUGGGGUCGCUGAGGCAGCUGCAGACGCUGGUGCUGUGCUACAACGAGCUGACUCGGCUGGAGGGACUGGAGGGGCUGGGCCAGCUGCGGCUGCUGGACCUGUCGCACAACAGCCUGCGCAAGGUGGAGGGGGCGCUCAAGGGCCUCACCUCCCUCACGCACCUGGACCUGGCGUCAAACCAGGUGCUCAAAUUGGAGGAGCUGUACAACAUGAAGAAGUACGCGCCCCAGCUGGUGGUGUUGGACCUGCGAGACAACCCCAUCUGCACAGACAAGGCCUACCGCUCCACCACACUGCGCAAACUCAAACACCUGGAGAAGUUCGACGGGCGGGCUGUGAGCGCGGAGGAGAAGGAGCGCUUCGGUGAGCACGCGGGCGCGGUGACGCUGGCCAUGGUCCUGGAGCACGGCUCUGUGGCGGCCAGGGGGCACGGCACGCUGGCAGACACGGGUGUGCCCACCGAGCCCGGCGCCAUCACGGACCUGUCAUUGGAGCGGAUGCACAUCCGCCGCCUGCAGCAGCUGUCAUCGCUGGUGUCGCUCAAACGCGCCAGCCUUGCCGACAACGAGGUGAGCAGCCUGGAGGGCAUCGAGGGCUGCCGGCAGCUGGAGGAGCUCAGCCUGGAGGCCAACCGCGUCAGCAGCCUGGUGGGGCUGGGCGGCCUCACGCGGCUGCGCAAGCUGCAGCUGGGGCAGAACAGGCUGGCCUCGCUGGAGGCUCUGACCGGGCUCACGGGCCUGGUGCAGCUGAGUGUGGAGGACAACGAGCUGUCCAGCCUGGCGGGCGUGGAGCGGCUGGCAGGACUCAUGGAGCUGUACGCGGGCAACAACCGUGUGGGUGAGCUGCGUGAGGCGCAGCGCCUUCGCGACAUGUCCAAACUCAUCAUCCUGGACCUGGCGGGAAACCCAUUGGCGGGCGGGCUGGCCUCCGCCGCUGCGGCCGCGGCCGCCGCUGCGGCCAACGGCAGCGGGUCCGGCGCCUCCGGCUCCCAGAUGGCGGCGGCGGCAGCCGCAGCCGCGGCCUCGGCGGCCUCCGCCGCGGCCGCCGCCGCAGCCGCGGCGGCGUCGGACGACUACCGCCUGUACGUCAUAUUCAACGUCCGCAAACUCAAGGUCUUGGACGGUGUGGCUGUGACUGCCGCCGAGCAGGCCGCCGCCAAGAACAGGUACGCGGGGCGCCUGACCUCGGACUUCCUGGAGGAGCGGCUGGGCCACCGCCUGUUCGACCGCAUCCGCGACCUGGACUGCUCCGGCCUCAAGAUCCGGGACGUGGGCUCCGUGUUCCUGGCCGAGGAACUGGAGGGGCUGCAGGAGCUCAACCUGGACAACAACAUGAUGACUGACGUGUCGGCCCUGGCCCUGCUCCGCCACCUGGUGGUGCUGCGGCUCAACGGCAACCGGCUGGGCGAGGAGGCGUGCCUGCACCCCGCCCGCCUGCUGGAGCGCGGCCCCGAGCUGGUGCGCGCCAUGGCGGCCCGCGGCAUUGCGCAGCUGGAGCUGUGGCCCAGCCUGCAGGUGCUGCAGCUGGGCGGCAACUGCAUCUCCUCCAUCGCCGGCCUGCAGCUGGGGGCGGCGCUGUGCGGCCUGCGCAGCCUGUUCCUGCAGGCCAAUGACAUCACGCGCAUCGACGGCCUGGACGGACUGAUAGCGCUGCAGGAGCUGGUUCUGGACCGCAACCGGGUGCGCUACCUGGACGCCGAGCAGUUGCUGGCGGCGCCGCGGCUGCGCGAGCUGCGGCUGGAGGAGAACGGCCUGCGCAGCCUGAGCGGACUGCACCCGCUGGCGCGCAGCCUGCAGGCCCUGCACGUGGGCUCCAACCGCAUCAGCGAGCCCGCCGACCUGGACCGCCUCACCUCGCUGACGGGGCUGCUGGAGGUGACGCUGGCGGGCAACCCCAUCAGCCGCAAGAACACCUAUCGGGCUAUGGUCAUCGCCAAGUGCCCCCGGCUGCAGGUGCUGGACCAGCAGAUGGUGACGCCCGAGGAGCGCGACUACUCGGAGCAGCUGUACCCGCCGCAGGGGCAGCCGCCCAGCAUGGCCAUGGGGCCCAUGGGCGGCAUGGGGCCCAUGGGUCCCAUUGGCGGCAUGGGGGUCGGCAUGGGGCCCAUGGGCGGCAUGGGGCAGAUGGGCGGCAUGGGGCAGAUGAUGGGCGUGGGCGGCGGGCCUGGCAUGGGGCCUGGCGGCGGAGGCGGCGGCGUCAUGGUGGGAGGGCCCGGGGGCCCGGCCGAGGCGAUGAUGGCCGCGAUGGUGGGAGGAAUGGGGCCCGGAGGCAUGGGCGGCGGCGGCGGCGGCGCGGCGGCGGCGGUGGCGGCUGGCAUGGCGGGCCUGGGCCUGGGGGGCGGCGGCGGCGGCGUUGGCGGCGGCAAGCAGCCCAUCAAAAUGACCAACUUGGACUUCGCGGGUGCGGGCGGCGCGGGCGGAGCUGGCGCCAACUCGAUUCCCUCCAUCCAGUCCAACACGGUGGUGCUUACAGGCCCGGCCUCGUUCGGACUGGAGGGAGUGGGCAUCGCCGCCGGCGCCGGGCCGGGCGGGCCGGGCCCCGGCGGCGUGUGGCCAGGCAUGGGUAACGCGGCGCAGGUCGGCGGCCGAGGCAUGAUGGGCGGGCGCGGCGGCGGCGGCGGCGGCGGCUCUCCGGGCCUGUCUCUGGCCGGCCGCGGCACAGGCGCCCCGCCGGUAGCUGGCUCCUCGCCUCUGCGCAAGGGGCCGGGGCCGGCAGCCGGGCGGCCGCCCAACAGAUAAACAUGCGGGGGGGGCUCCGAUGUGUUGGUUGUGGUGUGGUGCGGUGCGGUGCGGUGUGGUGUGGUGUGGUGUGCGGUGCGGUGCGGUGCGGCACGCGCGGGCUUGGGGCAAAGCCGGCAGUGCAAUGCAAUAAACCAAGCCGGCAGUGGCAUAGAAUGGCUUGGGCGGCAGCUGCGUUAUGGCGCCUGCGUUUCGGGGGACACCAGGGGAGGGCACUGGGGAGCACCGCGUCUUGCGGGUGUGUGGAAGCUUGCAAGGCUGUGCGCGGCUGCCUGUGAUUGGGGAUUUAUUGGUCGCCGCCUGUUCCUGCAGGAAAGACUGCCAUGCGGACAUGGCCGAUUGGGAGAUCUCGCAGACGGCGCCGGCUCCAGCAGUGCGCUUUUAUUGCUGCUGCAGAACAUAUCAACAUUCUCC